UGCCUACAUAAUAUAUGUGAACAAAGCAUCAUGGGACAUUAGAGUUGAGAACAUCUGGAGUACUUGUAGAAUAAAGUUUCAAGUCGACUCUCACUCCGACUGAUCUAUCUGCUUGAAUCGAGCGUCUAUGAUAGCCAUCCAUAGACAAGAACGCACAACAUGGUGGCAGCGGUAAACCAUUGUUAAGAGGGAGAGGAAGAGAGAAGACUGUGCCAGGGCAUUCCUCGGAAAAACAGACCCAGGAUGGCAGCAGCAAACGGACACCUCCACCCCUCCAUGAACUGGGAUGCCGAUGACCUAGUAGAAGAGUACAAGAAAUUCAAGCAGAAAACAGAACUGGCCUUCAAGAGCUUCCUGAAAGACACAGAACCAGAGCAACAGGUGAGCUACAUUCUGUUGUGGGUUGGAUCCCAAGGUCUCGACUUAUUUAACAGCUGGGAAUUCACAGACGCGGGAGACGCUAAGAAGCCAGACAAAAUCCUAGAGAAGUUUGAAACACAUUUGGAACCCAAGACAAACCAUAGGAUCUAUCGGUAUGAAUUCCAGGGCAUACAACAGAAGCCCGACGAGCCCAUUGACGACUACGUAGCAAGAUUGAAAAACGUAGCAAAGAAAUGCAAAUUCAAAGACGAUGCAGAAACAAAGGACAGAUUAGUUGACCAACUGAUCUGGGGCUGCAUACAUAAGAAGGUGCAGAAAACCCUCGUGGGGAAACCUGACCUGACACUGAAGGACGCCAUGGACACAGCCAGGGCCUUUGAAGCGACCCAGAAACAGAUGUCCUCUCUAUCCAUGCAGACAGGCACGUCUAGCAGUAAUAGGGUAGAUGCAGUCUCAAAGAAGACAUACCAGGCAGGGUCCAAACAGAAGCAACCCCACAUGUACAAGACGUACAAACAGAGCACAAAGAGCUGUAGAUAUUGUGGUAACACACACGAGUUUGGUGACAGGGCCAAAUGCCCAGCAUAUGGAUCUAAUUGCAAUGCAUGCGGCAAGCCAAACCACUGGGGGAAAAUGUGCCGAGCAAAAAACAGACCUCAGCCUACCCAGAAUAAGCCACAACAACCCAGAAGAUAUGGGAAGCAAAAGCAAAGGCAUGUCCACCUCCAAAGAGAGGAUCAGCUCAGCUCAGAGUCAGAAGGAGAAUCCCUGACAAUUGGUACAGUCUAUAUCCAUGAUAUGGGUAACAAAGAGCAAAAGAGCCAAGACGAAGCAUACACUAGCUUUCAAAUCAGAAAGAAGCUAGGCAGGAAGACAACCAACAUCGAUCUCAAGCUAAAGAUUGAUACGGGUGCACAGAGCAACGUCAUGCCUAUUCAGCAUUAUGCAAAGUUAUGCCCAGAACACAUGAUGAAAGACGGCAGAGUCAAGAGUGGAAUCCUCACACCCAGUGAUGUGAUCCUCACUGCAUACGGUGGAGCUAGAAUCCCACAUCUGGGCAAAGCACAGAUUGAAGGAAAGCACAAAGGAAGAAAAGUCAAGUGUUCUUUCUUCAUCACCAAGGCAGAAGGACCUAUCAUCCUAGGCCUGAAAGCAUGUCAACAGCUCGACAUAAUCAGGAUCAAUCACGAAGUCAAGACAUCACAGAGAAUUGACAGCGAUGUACCUAUCAAGGACAGACCACCAAUCAGGAACAAAGAAGAAUGUAUCGCGAUGUAUCCCGAGUGUUUUGACAACACCGUAGGAUGCUUUGACGAAGAAUACCACAUCACGGUCGAUCCAACCGUGGAACAAGUGGUUCACCCUCCAAGACGUGUUCCCCUAGAGCUCAGAGAGAAGCUAAGAGAGCAGUUAAACGAGAUGGUCGAGAAAGGAGUCAUAAACCAAGUCACACAACCAACUGAUUGGGUCAACUCAAUAGUCGUGAAAGAGAAACCCAACGGAAAACUGAGAGUAUGUCUAGAUCCGAGAGACCUGAACAACGCACUCAAACGAGAUCACUACCCAACUCCCACACUGGAAGAGAUAACACCAUCCCUUGCCGGAGCCAAAAUCUUCAGCAAGCUCGACGCGAGCAACGGGUAUUGGAACAUCAAGAUAGACGAAGAGUCAUCUCUCCUGACCACAUUCAACACACCCUUCGGGCGGUUCAAGUUCAACCGCCUUCCGUUCGGGUUAAAGGUCAGUCAAGAUGUAUUCCAGAGGAAGGUAGACGAGACGUACAGAGGAUGCAAAGGAGCAAUAGGUAUUGCAGACGACAUCCAAGUGUUCGGCAAAACAGAGAGAGAUCAUGACCUGCACCUCCACGAAGCGAUGGAGAAGACCAGACAAGCUGGCAUCAAGCUCAACGCAGCAAAAUGCACCAUCAAAGAAAGCGAGUGCACGUUCUUUGGCAUGAUCUACUCUGCAGAUGGCGUGAAACCAGACCCCGAGAAAGUAGAAGCCAUCACAAACAUGGAAGAACCUCGGGACGAGAAGGAGCUAAGGAGCUUCCUAGGGCUCAUACAGUACAUGAGUUCAUUCAUUCCAAGACUUGCAGAUCACACAGCAAGCAUCCGUGAGCUACUCAAAGAAGAUGUGGAGUACGACUGGUGUGCAUCUCACACCAGAGACUUCAACAAAAUCAAGCAGCUCAUCAGUGAAGACAUCAACCCUGCAGUACUACGACAGAGAGAAACCAGUCACUCUACAGAGUCGAGGUACGCAAACAUCGAGAGAGAGAUGUUGGCAGUAGUAUACGGUUGUGAGAAAUUCAAGACGUACCUAUACGGAAGACGUUUCACAAUCGAGAGCGACCACAAGCCGCUAGAGCAGAUUGACAGGAAGAAUCUCACUAAAGCACCAGCAAGACUACAACGCCUACUACUGAGGAUACAGGAGUACGACUACCACCUCAAGUACAAACCAGGCAACGAAAUGCUGGUAGCAGAUGCCCUGUCAAGGCUAUCUCCAAGCGAGAAAGAAGAGAUGGCAGGACUCAAAGUCCAGAUACACCACCUUGUCAAUGUGACAACCACAAAGCUGGAACAGAUACAAGAAGAAACCAGCAAGGACGAGGAGCUCCAGACGAUCACACGAGGUUGGCCAGAGAAGAGGAGCGAGGUACAGCCACUCAUCCGAGAGUAUUGGACCAUCAGGGACGAUAUCUCGAUAGAGAAUGGAGUACUACUAGCAGGAUCGAGGAUAAUCAUCCCCAAAUCACUGCAGAAAGAAGUCCUACAAACCAUACAUGAAGGACACAUGGGAGAAGAGAAAUGCAAACUGCGAGCGAAGUCAGCAGUAUACUGGAUCGGCAUGUACAAGGAAAUCGAGAAGAUGGUACAAACAUGCCGCACAUGCAAAAAAUACCAGAACUCCCAACAGAAAGAAGAGAUGACCCCGACGGAGACACCAAGUCGACCGUGGAAGAAACUAGGGGCAGACCUGUUCUACCUCAACCAGAAAUGGUUUCUAUUAGUAGUAGACUACUACUCCAAGUUCCCGAUUGUCAAGACCCUCAAGAGCUUGAAAGCUUCAACAGUAACACAAGCUUUCAAGGGGAUCUUCGCAGAACAAGGAAUACCUGACGAAGUGAUAUGCGACAAUGGAACACAAUUCACCUCUCAAGAGUUCCGACAAGCAGCUGAAGAGUACGGGUUCAGAAUAACCACCUCUUCACCCUACUACCCAAAGGGGCACGGAUUCAUAGAGAGGCAAGUACAAACGGUAAAGAAGACCCUCACCAAGAGUCUAGAGACAGGAGAAGACCCAAACCUGGCACUCCUAACACUGCGUACAACACCACUGAGAACAGACACAAAAUCGCCAGCAGAACUGCUCAAUGGAAGAAGAUACAAGACCAGACUACCAACAAAGGUACACCCUCCUGCAGACCAAGAAGAAGUGAUGGGCAAGCUGACGGCAGCACAAGAGAAGAGCAAGAAGCAGUAUGACCGGCAAGCACAACGACUACCAGAGCUAGUCAGAGGUCAAACCGUGCACAUACAAGAGCCCAUAAAGAAGACCUGGACGCCAGGCCAGAUCGUCGGAAAAGCCGACACACCAAAAUCAUACGUUGUGGAAACCGAAUCCGGCAAACAGAUGCGGAGAAACCGAGUACACAUCCGACCGACACCAGAGGCAACCACAACCAUGUCUCCAGCAAAGAAAGAGACAACAACAACCACGACAACUGACAACGAGGCAGCUGCACAACCAACAACAACAACAACCGAGACACCAACACCAACGGUGACAACACCAUGCGCAACAAAAUCAACGAGGAGCAGAACCAACAUCCUGCCUCCGAAACGUUACCGCUAA